CGCGAUAAAUGCCCGGCGGGGAGGGAGGGCGGGCGGCCGGGACGGAGGCGCACGGAGCGGCUCGGGGCGGCGCGGCGCGGCAGCCGGCAGCGCGCACAGCGACACCUCGCCCCCGCCGGCCCCGCGCGCCCGGGCGCUCCCGCACGGCCGCGGCCGGGCUGCGCCGCGCCACCCGAGCGCGGAGGGCGGCGGAGCGCGGCGGGCCCCGCGGCGGGACGGCCGCCGCCGGCGGAAGGCUGACAGACCUGGAAGAAAGACUUUGUCUUGGAGCUAACUCCUGAGCAUUUUGAGAUCAUUCAUCAUGAAGUAUGUAGUACAGGAAUGGCUCAGAGUAACUACCUUGCUAUUCAUAGCUCAAGCAGUUUCUGCAAUGAUUCUUCCCAAUGCCACGCUCUUAGAGGAACUUUUGGAAAAGUACAUGGAUGAAGAUGGUGAGUGGUGGAUCGCCAAGCAGAGAGGGAAAAGGGCUAUCACAGACAGUGAUAUGCAAAGUAUCUUGGAUCUUCAUAAUAAAUUACGGGGUCAGGUGUAUCCACCAGCUUCCAAUAUGGAAUAUAUGACAUGGGAUACAGAAUUGGAGAGAUCUGCAGAAUCCUGGGCUGAAACUUGUCUGUGGGAGCAUGGGCCUGCAAGCCUUCUUCCAUCAAUUGGACAAAAUUUGGGGGCACACUGGGGAAGGUAUAGGCCUCCAACAUUUCAUGUCCAAGCAUGGUAUGAUGAAGUGAGAGAUUUCACCUAUCCACAUCCUCAUGAAUGCAACCCAUAUUGUCCUUAUAAAUGUUCUGGUCCUGUUUGUACACAUUACACACAGGUUGUUUGGGCUACAAGUAGCAGAAUAGGUUGUGCAAUUAAUUUGUGUCAUAACAUGAACAUCUGGGGACAGAUUUGGCCAAAAGCAGUCUAUCUUGUGUGCAAUUAUUCUCCUAAAGGUAACUGGUGGGGUCAUGCUCCUUAUAAACCUGGUCGUCCCUGUUCCGCUUGUCCCCCUAGUUUUGGAGGAGGUUGCAGAGAAAACCUUUGUUACAGGGAGGGUUCAGAAAGACCUUAUUCUCCCCAUGAACCAGAAGAGGAAACCAAUGAGAUUGAACGGCAGCGAUCCAAAGCCCAGGAUGCAACAGCACAAAGCCGGCUGAGGACUCAUUUACCUUCAGGCUCCACAGGCAGUGAUGACAGUGAGAAAAAUGAAGUAAUAAGCACACAGCAAAUGUCUCAGAUUGUUUCAUGUGAAGUAAGGCUGAGAGAUCAGUGCAAAGGAACAACUUGCAAUAGAUAUGAAUGUCCUGCUGGCUGUUUGGAUAGCAAAGCCAAAGUAAUUGGAAGUGUACAUUAUGAAAUGCAAUCCAGUAUUUGUAAAGCUGCCAUCCAUUAUGGCAUCCUAGACAAUGAAGGUGGUUGGGUUGAUGUCACUAGGCAAGGAAGGAAAAAUUACUUUAUCAAAUCUUAUAGAAAUGGUAUUCAAUCAAUUGGAAAAUACCAGUCUGCUAAUUCCUUCACAGUCUCUAAAGUAACAGUUCAAGCUAUCACCUGUGAAACAACGGUGGAACAAUUGUGCCCAUUUCAAAAACCAGCCUCACACUGUCCGAGGGUGUUUUGUCCUCGCAACUGCAUGCAGGCAAAUCCACACUAUGCUCGUGUAAUUGGAACACGAAUUUACUCUGAUAUGUCCAGUAUCUGCCGAGCAGCAGUACAUGCUGGUGUGGUCCGCAACCAAGGUGGUUAUGUUGACGUUAUGCCAGUAGACAAACGAAAGGUGUACAUUGCUUCCUUUCAAAAUGGGAUAUUUUCAGAAAGUUUACAGAAUCCUCCAGGAAGCAAGGCAUUCAGAGUGUUUGCUGUUGUUUGAGUCUAGUGAGUAAAAUGUUUAACAGGCAAGCAAAACCAGAGCGCAUAGAAGAGAAUAAUAAAGGUCAUUUCUUAUAAUUCCUAAAAUUUGUAUAGAAGUGUAACAUUAUUGUACAGAAGAUACAUACUACUUUCCACCAAAAAGUUUAAAUUACGUAUAUAUCUUAACGAAAAAAUCUGUAAAAGUAAACAUGGGAGAAAAAAUAAUUUGAAAAUCCAUAAUGAUAUAUAACAGUAUUUUGAAUCCUGUGUUAAAUAUUGCUAUAUUUUCUUAGCAGUUACUCCUAUAUGAUAAUUCAAAGCUCAUAAAUGUUCUUUAUUUUCUUCAUCUGAACGUAUUCUUGUAUGGUGCUUUAUAUAUGCCACUAACAAUAACCUUAAAACUAUACCAUAGGGAGGCCUGAGUUUUUAUUUCCGAUGUACAUAAAAGAAGCCAUCCCAAUAGUUCAAUAUAAUAAAUCACACCUUAAAGUAAAAAUAUAUAUAUAUAUAUAUUAACUUUUUGAUGAUUUACGGUAGCAUUAGCCAUUCAAACAUACAUGAAGAGUUAGACUGUUUUCAAUUUCAUACUAAUCACAAGUACAAAUUUCUAUUUUUGAAUAAAAUGGAAAAUAUAGAGAAGUCCUGGGUCAUAUUAGAAUGUGUUCUUUACAGAAGUAUUUCUGAGAGAAUGGGCCAUUCAUUUUUUUAUUUCUUAAAUAUAUUAAUAAAUGAAAUGUUUAUUGGAUGCUGCUAAGCUUUUUAGUUCAAAUAACCAAUACAUUAAGGCCCAGUUCUUUACAUAUUCACCUACCUGGGAGAGAGAGAGAGAAAUUUACAUAGUCUUUGAAAAUCUGAACCUAAAAGGUAAUUCUUUCAUAUUGAGAAGUGGAACAACCUGAAAUUAGGGAAGAAACCCUCAGUUCUGCAAUCUCGGCUUUACUUUUACCAUGUGACUCACUCUAUUUACUUAAAUGGGCUUCAGCAAAAGCACAGAAUUGUACACAUAUAUAAAAGUUUGCAAGUUGGAGGCCUUGAACUGUACAUGGUGUCUGUAUGCUAUAUAUAGAUAUGAGGGUAAAUGUUAAAGAAGAACUUAAAGAAAAUGGUAACAAAGGCUAACCUUGCUCCUCAUAACCUGGCAAAUACUCCUGCAGGCUGGGAAGUAUAGUGGUAUGGAGCCCAGUGAUGAUUGAGUCAUUUGUUGCUUCACCAUUUUUUUAAAUUCAUUUAUGGUGAACAGCCUUGUGUAUUAAUUUUACCAUAUUAUGGUAUAUGAAGAACAUGUAAUGGUGAUACGAUGUUUCUUUCUAUGAAAAGUGUAUUGUGCUUUAAGACUGAAAAGCUGUUAAACUUUAUUUUUGGUAUUUUUGUUUCUGUUGUUGAAUUUAUUUCUUUCCAACAUGUAAACUUAUUGAUAUUCUUCAUAUUUCAGAGUACUAUAUUCUGCCUUCUGUUUUGCUACAUGUACUACCUCAUGUAGUUAGGCAAGCUUUGUUAGUUUUUUUAAUCUCUUUUGAAUAAAAAUAAUUUACAUAGA